CCUUGCCUCAUCUCAGCAUUAGUAUCGCCAACACUUGCUUACAUAUCAUCCACGAAUGCUUUCUUUGCUGCCUCUAAAUUCCUAGAUUACAUAUAAAUCUCUUGAGGCAAUCAUGUUGCAAUACCCGAUCAUGCUACGUCUUAAAUGGCUUGGAUUCAAUUUAUUGGUUUGCUUCAUUCGCUCCCGUAUACGUCGCGCUUCAGUUUGCUUAAUGACAGUGCAACAUGGUUGGAGUUCCAGGACGCGCUAGAGGCUGCAUCACCUGCCGCAGAAGGAAGAAGGGAUGUGACAGGGGAAAACCCGCUUGUAAUCGAUGUAUUCGUGCGCGGCUCUCCUGUGAAGGAUUUGAGACGGAUAUGAUAUGGCUGAAUUCUAAUAACAAUGGUGCAUCUAACCAGGAGCGCAAUGAUUCUAUCCAGCCAAAAACAGUUUCAGAAGUUCGGCCUUGGAUUGUUAGCUAUACAAGAAAUAAAGAAGCUGGCCCUCGUGUCACUCUAUCAGACUCUUUCGCAAGAUCAGCAAGGGAGCAGCUGUAUUUUGGGCUUUUCUGGAAUAUCAUGAUACCUGAAGGACCACGAUUCUCACCCGAGUCAUUAGAUCUGGCUUCAGUAGGCUGGACUAGCUUCGUCGGGGACCUUUACAAUUCUGAGACUGCUCUGCGCUUUGCGACAAUUGUUACGGCGACUUCUAUUCUCGGAAGACUUAAUAAUGAUGAGCAACUGCGCUUGAAGGGGCUACAAGUAUAUAACUGGACAGUUCAAGAGAUGAUCAGAGCUGUUAAAGAGCCGAACCGAGCAAAAAGCGACGGCUUGGUACUCACAGCUCGACUCAUGGCGUUCUACGAGCUUUACUUUGGUCCUGAUGGAGAUCCGAGGCUGGCUGGAUGGCAAAGACAUAGUGAAGGACAGCUCGCGAUGUUCCUAGCACGAGGGCCCAGCUCACAGAGGGCUGUGGCUCCAUUCAGCGGCGACGAAUGGGAUACGCUCCCUUGGGCCAUUAUCGAGAAGUCGACCAAAGACAAGCUCAUUGACGUUAUGAGCAGCAUUCCAUACAUUCUAACUAUGUUAGAUUCCCUCACAAUAUCCGAUUCUCAAGAUGCAGUAGACGAGCUUCUUAACAUGAUCUGGCGGCAGUGUCAGAAUGCGGAGGCUGCUUUAGCCAUGUGGCGGGCUCAGAUCGAUCUGUCCGUCUACGAUUACACCAUCACAGGAUUCCCUCUACUCAAACCACAGGCUGAUAGCGAUUUUUCACUGCUUCACUUGAGCUGUACCUACUGGAGCAUUUGUCUAAUGCUUUCAUGCAUUAUAGAAUCUAUAUCAGGGGACUUUCGGAUAUCAUUAACCUCAGAAAACGCGACAGUCACAUCAUUUUUCAACCCCCACAGCCGUCAUUCAAACUUUAUCCCAGAGAAAUAUGCUUCCAAAAUCGUCCACUGUGUCCAUCUCUUUUUUGAGCCAUUAGCUGGAGCCGUCCAGGGAAGCUCGGGAUUUUUUCCUAUGGUGUGCGCAUGGCGCUUCUAUGAGAUGGCCGCCAAAAUAUCAGGUCAAAAGAGCGCAGAAUUACAUAUUCUAUAUGAUUUAUUUAACAAGCCAUUCAUGGGUAGUACAGUGGAGCGAUAUCUGGCACAUCUUCAAAGAGGCGUGUGGAAGGAUGAUCUAGAUGUACAUGUUUCCAAACCAAAAAAUUGGACAGCUUGGUUUUGAAAUAGCCGUCAUGAUAACGCAACAGCUGACUUCAAGGCUGCCGUGUGACUAGACAGCGUAGAGCU